UCUUUGACUGCUUGUUUUACUUUUAAGAGUCCUCUGCCCCCUGAUCUUCUAGGCAGAUAUAGCCGGUCAACAUCACUGCGAGGGUGCAGGGAAUGAUGAAUGGUCAUGAGUUUUCUUGUUUUUCUGUCCAAAUUGUCCAGUUCCACCUGUGUCCAGUUUAUCAUGCCAGCAGUAUAUCUUAUGACAGGAAGGACUCGGUCCACCUUACCAUCCUCCUCUGAAGCCAAGUCCCCGAAGGACAACUUCGGACGCUACCAUGGUUUCUCACACCGAAAGCUUCUGAGGAGCCAAGCAGAGCAGUUGGGUGCACAUCAUCCAGGAGGUCAACUGAGGCUGUUUCGAUCCCAAAAUCAUGUUGAAAGCCAGAGUCAGACCAGCCAAGAUGCGGCUUCUCACCUAAGAAGUCCUGGAAUGGGGUCCACAUCAUACGCUCGAUCAACGGCACAAUAUCCAAAAACGAAGUAUUGGAGACCAGAUGGAGAUGUCAAGGCCGUGAAUAUCUUUGCCAGCGCUCCAUCCAAUAGGAAUCUGGAGAAGUUUCAGACCCUUUCCUGCAGGACCACCCACUCCAACCUGGAGGUGCUGCAGAACUGCUCCUUCGUCUUCCUGGCCACCAAGCCUCACAUCCUCCCAACCGUCCUGCACGAAAUUGCCCCGGCGGUCACUCCCGAGCAUGUCUUCAUUUCCAUGGCUGCCGGCGUUACGCUCGAGACCCUAGAAGAGCGUCUCCCUGCCGGGACCAAGGUGAUCCGGAUCAUCCCGAACCUCCCUUGCGUGGUCCAGUCGGGGGCCAUCAUUCUGUCCCGGGGCAGCUGUGUCGGGGAGAAGGAGGUGGACCUACUGAAGAAGCUCCUCUCUCCUUCGGGGCUCUGCGAAGAAGCUCCAGAGUCGUACAUUGACAUCCACACCGGUUUGAGUGGCAGUGGAGUGGCCUACGUUUACAUGUUUGCCGAAGCGCUGGCAGAAGGUGCGGUGAAGAUGGGAAUGCCGGGGCCGCUGGCCAACAAGAUUGCUGCCCAGACUCUCUUGGGAGCGGCCAAAAUGAUGCUGGAAACAGGGGAGCAUCCGGCGGCUCUGAGAAGUGCGGUUUGUACACCUGGAGGCACCACGAUCCACGCUUUGCACGAAUUGGAGAAAGGAGGUCUCCGUGCGACCGUCAUGAACGCCGUGGAGGCGGCCACCAACCGGGCCCGCGAGAUGGGCAAGCGAUGAAGCCACAAGCGGCCACAGCAAAGCCUUUUUGGCUUCCUGAGCAUGGGACAGCCUCAUUGUCAGCCCAUGCCCAUCUUGCUUCCAUGGCUUACAUGCAUUGCAUCAGGGACAAAAAUAGUACAAUUUCCUUUGAAAUGCAGCCUGGGGCAAGUGGUCUGACACCAUAGUUCUUUCAGUAUGGACUUUGUAGGAUGAAUUUCCAGCUCUAAGUCUGUCCCAUACCAAGACGCUGGAUCCUUUACUCCCUGGUUUUUGUCUAUUUCACAGGGAGUGAAUUGUUUGUUUGUUUGUUUACAUCACUUUUACCCCGCCCUUCUCACCCGGAGGGACUCAGGACGGCUUACAACUGUCUGCAAUUAUAUUGCCCAAAAUACAUUCAAUAAAACAGUAGCAGAAUCCAUAAACAAUAAAACGGUACCGCAUUAAUUAAAACUCUAAUUAAACUCUAUUAAACCAUGAAUUAUAAAAUAUAAAAUGCAUAUAUAGUUAAAUUCAUUCACUAACAGUAAUUCUGCAGUGAAGAUGACAACAGAGAUUAGAACAAAAACCCAUGACCCUCCAAACCUAUGAUAUUGUGCAAGAGGUUAUAAAAUUUGACAAUCCCAGCAGUUCUAUGGUUUGCUGUUAAAUAAUAUUAUCUUAAUAAUUCUGUGAUUUGAAAAGGAGGUUGUUAUAUUACAUCAUCACAUAUUGAUGAAAAUCAAAAUAAUUAUGUUAAUUGUCCUGCCAACUGCUUGUUAUUAAACACACUAAUUUGUCAGCGUUGGUCACCAUCUGAGCUUCCCUUUUGUUUUGUUUUUAUAUCUUAUUUCAUGUUCAUAGUUUUAUGACAAAGGAAAGGGGAACAAAGGAAGGAGGAAAAAGAUAGGAGAUAGCAAAAAAGUAUUAUAUGUGUUGGGCGAGUGGGCUUAUUAACAAAAGACCCUCGCCAUGGAUGUGUUUGGCACCAGUAGCCAAAAGUGAUAAAAAGAACAAAAAAACAUAAUGUUAUGUCUUCCUUUGAAGGCUUUUUUGUAGUUAAAUAAUAUGGUUGCACUGUUUACAAAAACAAGAUUUCCAUCACACAAAUAAAGUUCUUUAUACUUCC